GCGCCUUCCCAAGGUUUUCUCACUCGAUCGGUCAGUCGUCUUUCUUAACUCAAUUUGUUGAUUAAUUCGUUCAUUUCAUCGGCCAGCAGCUAGCUAGUCAUGGGCAGGUCUCCCUGCUGCGAGCAAGUUCACACCAACAAAGGAGCCUGGACCAGGGAAGAGGACGACAAGCUCAUCGCUCACAUCCAGGCUCACGGCGAAGGCUGCUGGCGGUCGCUCCCUAAGGCUGCAGGCCUCCUGCGCUGCGGCAAGAGCUGCCGGCUCCGGUGGAUGAACUACCUUCGGCCGGACCUCAAGCGAGGAAACUUCACUGAGGAAGAGGACAAGCUCAUCGUCAACCUCCAUGCUUUGCUCGGAAACAAAUGGUCGGUGAUCGCGGCGAGGUUACCGGGAAGAACGGAUAAUGAGAUCAAGAACUACUGGAACUCGCACAUCAAGCGGAAGCUCGUCGGCCAGGGCCUGGACCCCCGGACGCACCUCCCGCUCAAGGCCGGAGUACGACAGAGCAGCACGGACGAAGGCGGCUGUAGCGGCGGCGGCGGCGAUCUCGACCUCAGCAUCAGCCUUCGCCUCCCCCACGCGGCUGCUAAUUGGCCGACGACUUCCGCCUCCCCGGAGGUGGUGCCGGCGCCUCCAGCCGCGUCGUGUGGCCAGACAAUUUGCUUCUGCUACCACCUCGGAUUCCGAAGCGACGAAGCUUGCAGCUGCCGCGCGAGCCCGAGCGGCCAUUCUCAUGGCCACCGUGGAUAAGAUCGGAGGAGUUCGAUCUCAGUAAGAUCGAGUCGCGAUUUGGCAGGCGAUUCUGCCAUGGAUGUCGACAUUUGUCGUCUUCCUCAUUUAGAUUGAUUUGGACUGUUUUAAUUUAUUGUUUCAUUUUUAGAGGAUCGAGGAAAAAAUUAUAUAUAUAUAU